AGUAUAAAUGUCCCCAUUACAUUGUGAAGGUUCAACUUAAUGCUUAAUCAUAAUACUAAUGCAAAUACUAAUAAUAAGGGAGUAUAAAUAGACCCUUACACACACGUCUUGCUGGAUUGUCUCUGCUAAUAUAUAAAGUUCAUGUCACUGUCAAUAAUACGAUAAGAAGUCGGUUAUUUUUGAAAAGUAAACCGUAAAUGCAAAAUGAAUGAAAGAAAAAGAAAUCAAAGAAAUAAUCCAAAUAUUUCCACGUUCAUCAGAAGACCUAUUGCAUCGAAGAUUGGCUCUCAUAAUCUUACUCUACUUAAUGAGACAUCUCGAGAAAAUAAUCAAAACGCCAUCAGGGGACCUGCUAACAAAUCACUAAUUUUAAAAGACCAAUUAGAUUUGGUCUACAAUAGUUAUUUACAAGCACUUUUAAAACAAGAAAUAGCGGAGAACCAAAUAAAAAAACGAGAGAAAGUGCUCAAUGGACAAAUUUUAUUACAAGAGGAAAAUGUAGCAAAAAGGAAAGAAUGUUUAAAUCAGAUUCAAAAAGAGGCAGAUUUAUUAAUAAAAAAGGAAGAGAUUGUUAAAAUGAUUAAAAACUUAGAGGAAAAUAUAAAUAAAAUAAAUGGUAUUUAUGCAAAUUAUCAAAUACAAAAACAUGUACAAACUGUCCAUGGCGCUUUGACAUAUAUAAGUGGCACUUUAGUUUUAAAAAAUAUAAAAUCAUUAGAGAAUAAAGAUCAAGAAAAAUUGGUAGACUCUGUUAAAAAACUUACUUUGGCAACUGAAAAAAUUGUUAAUUGUGGAAGAGAUUUUGAAGGUGUUCACAAGUUGGCAGAGGAUUGUAGAAAUUUAAUCCAAAUUGUUAAAAAAAUUAAAGAAUCUCAACUUCUGCUUUCUACUAUGGAGGAAAAUGCUGAGCUGACAGUUUUACAGAAGUUAUCUGAUGAAUUUGCUAAGCAAUAUGAAAAUGUUGAACAAAAGACUUAAAAUAUGUAUAUAUGGAUAGUUAUUGUUUGAUAAACCUGCAGUUCAUGUCGCCG